AUGUGCGUGAUUAUCGGUUCACCGAGUUCCGGUGCUCAAAUGCAGAAUGUCGAUAAUGCGCUCAUCGAUAAAACGGUAAUUCUGGCUACUCUCAAUGUGCGCGCCAUGAGAUUUUCCGAAGAAGAGGCCGCAAAUCUGCGGGAUACCAAUGCGCAGUUUCUGGAUCAGGAUGACGAUGACCUUCCGGGGACGGAGUUUUACAUGACACAGCCUUAUGCUUGCGGACGGUGCUUUUCUGGCAUUCUGCUGGAUUUAUUGAUGAUAAAGCCAUUUUUUAACCCUGUUAUCGUCAACGUCUUCCGCACCAUGAUUUUCGGUGGGGCAUCGCUGGAACUGGAAAAAAUUCUUGCCGAGGGAGCCGGUAUGAUCGACGGCGCCAAUAUUUCCAAACCCGCAAUGGUGAAAAAUUAA